AUGCCUAAGGCCGCAGCUAAGCGUGGUGCCGGUGAGAAGAAGGCCAAGAGGGCCAAGAAGGACCCCAACGCCCCCAAGCGCGGUCUCUCCGCCUACAUGUUCUUCGCCAACGAGCAGCGCGAGAACGUCCGUGAGGAGAACCCCGGCAUCUCUUUCGGCCAGGUUGGCAAGCUUCUCGGUGAGCGCUGGAAGGCCCUCAACGAGAAGCAGCGCGGCCCCUACGAGGCAAAGGCUGUUGCCGACAAGAAGCGUUAUGAGGACGAGAAGGCGGCGUACAACGCCGAGGCUGAGGACGACGAGUCUGCUUAA